AUGCUGCUGUCCGUGCUGCUGCUGCUGCUGCCCCUCCCAGACCCUUGGUCUGUCCGAGGGCACCCACUGUAUACACGUCUGCCCCCCAGCACCCUGCAAGCUCUAUCAGCCCAGGGCACGAAAGCAUUGCAGGCUGCCCAGAGGAGCGCCCAGUGGGCAGUGAAUCGUGUGGCCAUGGAGAUCCAGCACAGACUGCAUGAGUGCAGAGGCCCCGGGCGUCCCAGGCCGCAGACCCCCCUCCUCCAGGAUCCCCCUGAGCCAGGGUCGUGUGGUGAGAGGCGUCCGAGCACUGUCAACGUGACACGUGCCCACGGCCGCAUUGUUGGGGGUAGCGCUGCACCGCCCGGGGCCUGGCCCUGGCUGGUGAGGCUGCAACUCGGUGGGCAGCCUCUGUGCGGCGGCGUCCUGGUGGCGGCGUCCUGGGUGCUCACCGCGGCGCACUGCUUCGCGGGCGCCCCGAAUGAGCUUCUGUGGACGGUGACUCUGGCCGAGGGGCCCGGGGGGGAGCAAGCGGAGGAGGUGCCGGUGAACCGCAUCUUGCCCCACCCCAAGUUUGACCCGCGGACCUUCCACAACGACCUGGCCCUGGUGCAGCUGUGGACACCGGUGAGCCGGGCGGGGGCAGUGCGCCCUGUGUGCUUGCCCCAGGGGCCCCGGGAGCCCCCAGCCGGUACUGCUUGCGCCAUCGCGGGCUGGGGGGCCCUCUUCGAAGAUGGGCCUGAGGCUGAGACGGUGAGAGAGGCCCGAGUGCCCCUGCUCAGCGCUGACACCUGCAAAAGGGCCCUGGGGCCCGAGCUGCACCCCAGCAGCAUGCUCUGUGCUGGCUACCUGGCCGGGGGCAUCGACUCGUGCCAGGGUGAUUCUGGAGGCCCCCUGACCUGUUCUGAGUCUGGCCCCCACCCCAGGGAGGUCCUGUACGGAGUCACCUCCUGGGGGGACGGAUGCGGAGAGCCAGGGAAGCCCGGGGUCUACACACGUGUGGCCGUUUUCAAAGAUUGGCUUCAGGAGCAGAUGAGCGCAGCCGCCUCCAGCCGGGAGCCCAGCUGCAGGGAGCUGCUGGCCUGGGACCCGCCCGGGGAGCCGCCGGCAGAGGCCGCACCGCCCUGUGCCUUCUACGCCCGCCUGUGCCCCGGGCCAGCGGUCGCCUGUGCGCGUUUGGCGCACCAGCAGUGCCUGCAGCGCCGGAGGCGAUGCGAGCUGCGCUCGCUGGCGCACACCCUGCUGGGCCUGCUGCGGGGCGCUCAGGAGCUGCUCGGCCCCGGCCCAGGGAUGCGGCGCCUGGCCCCGGCCCCGGCUCGCCCCGCUCUGUCGCUCUUGGAGCCUCCUAGACACCCCUCCCGCGAGCAGCGGCUGCACCCAGGAUCUCGGACUGCAGGCGCUCGGUUCCCGAAGCGGAGGCCAGAGCCGCGCGAGGAAGCGAACGGCUGCCCUGGGCUGGAGAACCUGCAACAGAAGUUGACCACCCUUCAAGGCACCCAUGCCUGGAUCCUACAGGUCCCAUCAGAGCACUUGGCCAUGGACUUUCACGAGGUCCUGGCAGAUCUGGGUUCCAAGACGCUGACUGGCCUUUUCCGAGCCUGGGUGCGGGCAGGCUUGGGGGGCCAGCAUGUGGUCUUCGGCGGCCUGGUAGGCCUGGAGCCGGCCACGAUGGCUCGCAGCCUCCCCCGGUUGCUGGUGCAGGCCCUGCAGGCCUUCCGUUUGGCUGCCCUGGCAGAGACAGAGGGACCCCAGAUGGGUGCAAGGCAGAGCCAGGGGCUGGGGAGGAAGGAGCACCCCCCACUCAGUCUUCAGAUUUCUCCAGCCAGGGGGCCAUGAACCAUGUCUGGGCCCCCAACCCCUGGUCAGGACCUACCGCUCCAAGGGGCUCCUGUGAUGACAAACUGUCACAGCCACAGCUGAUUGGGUGUGUGGGGCAGGGGGCCUGGGUCCAUGUGUCUUCCCACAUGUGCCAUCAGAAAAUCACGGCUGCUUUAAUAAACGUUAUUUAUGACCUAUAGAGAUAACUCUGGAGCUUUCUUGGGAUGAGAACUGGGUGGGUGGACAUUAGACAGGGCCAGAAAGGGCCCAGCCUCCAGAAGCAGUUGGCAGAGGUCACAAAGACACUGGAGAGAGGCUGC